CAAACCCAAGUCCAGGGGUAUAAGAGUAAAUUCGAGAGACAUUCAGUUUUUUCGUAACAGAAACGAGCACACGCCAAACAAACACACUCAGAGAGUCCGGUGGUGGUCCGAAAGAAGAAGAAGAAGAAGAAGAAUCCGCGAUGGAACACGAGCCGGAGAAAAUGGCGGCGCUGAAGAAGGCGUACGCGGACAUGAUUCUCAACACGGCGAAGGAAGCGGCGGCGAGAGUAAUGGCGGCGGAGCGGAAGGCUCUUCGGUUCGAGCACGAUCUGCGUAGUACUAAAGACGAGGCGCUUCAGAUGCUGGUCCGAUUGAAGCAGAUGAUCGAUUCCAAGACAAGUGAAGCACAGAUUACAUCCUUGAAACAAGAAAGAAAGAUUGAAGAGCUUGAAGCGCAGCUCUAUGAGGCGGAGGAUAUCAUAACUGACCUAAGAUCAGAGUUGAAACAAGCAUGGGGCAAAUUAGAGAGGGUGAAUCCCAACCAAGUGCAGCCUUUGAAUGGACAAACCACAAGGGAAGAUGCCUCAUUUUCCGGAAAUGUGACACCUGAGCCCAUCACAAUUUCUCCUUCAGGUUUAGGGCAUGAAGAUGCUCCAAGUUCUGGCCUGAAGAACAUCCCAGUGAUUAGAGGUCUGGACCAUAAGGUCUGUAAUGGAAUAGAACAAACUGAGCAGUUGAGUGUUUGUGAUUUGGACAAAUUUUAUGCCCCUGUCUCUGACUUUGACUCAAUAAUCAUGAGAAGUAAGGAGCCUGAGCUGCUCAGAAAUGGAUGUACACAGAGAGUUCGUGCUUUUGAAAGAAACUCAUUUGAUGGUAAAGUGCCGCUUUCUGGAUAUGAGGACAAUCAGAAGUCUCAGAGCAAGAAGGAGUUGAUAGUCAAAGCAAGUGACAAUGGCAUGGAAGUAGUUAAGAAAACAUCUUUAGGAGAAACCAAAACCCCUGUUAAAGUCCGCACAAUACGAAGAAGGAAGACUCAAUUUGGGAAAGACAAAACCUCACACCAAUAUUGUCCUAGUCAACUCAUGAGAUCACGUCAACCUUCUUCAGUCAAUGGGAAUGACAGAUCCCAUGAAGAUGUGUAUAUUGCACCCUCAAUCAAUGCUGAAAUGGAGGGUAUCAGGAGAAGUUCCAGUGGGUUGGAAGAGAAAUUGCGGCAUAGUAGAUGCCAUCCUAUAGAUUGUAAGAUCAUUCAGAAGGGCAAAAGGAAAAGGAAAAUACAAAGUAAGGACGGCAUUAGUACCUCAUUCACGAGUACUGGACAGCCAUCUCCUGUUCUUUCCCGCUGCAGGACUUUCGCAUACUUAAUCAAUGGUGAUGUUAAAUCUUGUGAAGAUCGACCAAACACAGCUGAAAACAAUGAAGCUAAGAUGAAGCCACUGCCCCGACUGGAUCCGGGAAGGACGUUAAUUAGAAGUGAUGUGGAUCCUAUAUCAGGUUCAACUAGUGUUAAAGUCAGCAUCAAGGGGAUUAGUAAAUAUGGACCUGGCCAGAAUGAUGCAGACAAAGGCAGUGAGUUGAUUGGUAUGCCUGUUUUGAUAAAGCAAGGAAAGGAUGUUGUGGAGAAUUCAGAGGCUCCGAGUUCUGAAUAUAGCCUUGGUACUGAUAUUGUAUCAGGGAUGAAUUCUGAAAUAACAGAUGUGAAAGUAUCAGAACAAUCAAGUGAAUCUCCUAGUCACGUGGACAACAGUACACUUCUCAAGUACACUUUCCAGAGGAAGCGCAAGAAUUCCUCAAGCAACCCUGGGGAAACUGCUUCAUUUGAGGAGAACACUUCUAAGAGGAGGGCGGAAGAGAGAGAAUCUAUUGCACCACAGCCACAGAUGACAAAUGAAUCAUCUAGGGACAGUCGGCGGCUGGCCCAGGUUGCUCGACAGCUCAUAUCAUUGUCUGGGAAGAGAUGGUACAAAUAAUGGUGACUUCCAAAAUCCAACGAGCGUAAUUGGAUUUUGAAGUUUGGGUUACUUCUGGUAAAGAAUGUGGACCGAGAGUGGAGCCGCAUAAUUGGGAAAUGGCGGGAGGUGCUUAAUUCUUCAAGGGCUUUGGAACGGUAUGGGGGGUGGUGGAAAGUUUAUGCAGAAUCAGGGUUGAAAAAUUAAGAGCUUUGGGGGGGUUUUCGAAGUUUUAUGGUGGGGUUUGGUACUCAUUUGGGAAAUUAACAUUUUUGGGAGCAGAGGAAUAAUGCUAUAAGUUAUCAUAUUAUUAUUCUUAAUAAGUUCAAAUUUCAGAUGAAAACCAUGGGUUAGGCCUUUAAAGGGUAUUCUCUUGGAUAGCAUGGCAUCAAAUCAACCCAAUGAACGUAAGUAAUAGAAUCUGUGCUUCUUGUAGAACCAAUCCUUCGGGCUUCAGCUGAGUUUCUGA